UUCAUAUAUAGAUCUCAAGAAAACAACCAACAAAAGUCAAAGGACCAAUCUGAAUCUUUUUUAAAAACAUCAAUAAUGGAAGGAAGCUUUGAAGGCAUGCUAAUGAACGUGAGCAUAUUUGCUCUGGUUCAAGCUCUCGUGUAUCUCAUACUCUCUAAAUCUUCGAGUGUUUUCUCAACGUCAGAGACGAUGAAGAGAGCUUACAGUUUCCGGUCAGCGAGAUCCAUCAGCAUAAGUAGGAUUCUGGCUUCUCUUCAAGAUAUGCCUGCAAGCGGCGAGAUGUCUCCUUCUUCCAUGGGAUCCUCUUCUCUUGUCUCUCCUUCUUCGUCACCAAAGCUUAAAACAUGAACCAUAUGUGAUUCAGAAGUUGUUGGUGAAUCCGGCGGAUGAAGUUAGUUUUUUGUUUGUUAGAUAAUUUCCAAUUCUUUUUUUCUGCAUAGAGAUCAUUUGUAAUAUCAUUCAAAAUUGAUUAAUAAACAUAUAUACGUGUACUA